ACUGAAGAAGAAGGCUAACUUGACAGCAGCGCUUCUUUCUUAGCUAGUCACCGGCCCCUGCCCAAGAAUGCCUGCGCGUGUAUAGCCUCCUCCGAGAGGCGCUAUUGCUGGAGUUGCGAGGAGCUACCCGAGCUGCCGGGGACUAGGAAGGAGCCGGCCCAGCCAUGAGCCCCUUCGGGAAUCCGCUGGGGGGCAAUUGGCCCGGAAUCCUCACACUCCUCUGGCUACUCCGGAGGGAGAGGUGAGCGCCAGGCAGCCCGCCCACAGCCAGAGGUGCCGGGAGUCCCGGCCUGUCAUGGUGGCCGCCUGCAGCCAGCCCUCGGCACUCCAGGUCGGGUUUGCAGCUGAGCCUGUUUAUCUGGUGUGGAAAGAAGAUGGGGAGUUACUUGUCGGUACCGGCUUACUUCACCUCCAGAGACCCCUUUCGGUGUUCAGAAUGCCAGGAUUCCCUUACCAACUGGUACUAUGAGAAGGAUGGGAAGCUCUACUGCCACAAGGACUACUGGGGGAAGUUUGGGGAGUUCUGCCACGGUUGCUCACUGCUGAUGACAGGGCCUGCUAUGGUGGCUGGGGAGUUCAAGUACCACCCAGAGUGCUUUGCCUGCAUGAGCUGCAAGGUGAUCAUCGAGGAUGGGGAUGCAUAUGCCCUGGUGCAGCACGCCACCCUCUACUGUGGGAAGUGUCACAACGAGGUGGUGCUGGCACCCAUGUUUGAGAGGCUUUCCACGGAGUCCAUUCAGGACCAGCUGCCCUACUCUGUCACGCUCAUCUCCAUGCCAGCCACCACGGAGGGCAGGCGGGGCUUCUCCGUGUCCGUGGACAGUGCCAGCACCAACUAUGCCACCACCGUGCAAGUGAAAGAGGUCAACCGGAUGCACAUCGGUCCCAACAACCGCAAUGCCAUCCACCCUGGGGACCGCAUCCUGGAGAUCAACGGGACCCCUGUGCGCACGCUUCGGGUGGAGGAGGUGGAGGACGCAAUUAGCCAUACGAGCCAGACACUUCAGUUGCUGAUCGAACAUGACCCCGUCUCCCAGCGCCUGGAUCAGCUGCGGCUAGAUGCCCGGAUCUCUCCCCACAUGCAGAAUGCUGGGCAUUCCCACACUCUCAGCACCCUGGACACCAAGGAGAAUCUGGAGGGGACACUGAGGAGACGCUCCCUGAGACGCAGCAACAGCAUCUCCAAGUCCCCUGGCCCCAGCUCCCCAAAGGAGCCCCUGCUGCUCAGCCGGGACAUUAGCCGCUCAGAAUCCCUCCGCUGUUCCAGCAGCUACUCUCAGCAGAUCUUCCGGCCGUGUGACCUGAUCCACGGGGAGGUCCUAGGCAAGGGCUUCUUUGGGCAGGCCAUCAAGGUGACACACAAAGCCACCGGCAAAGUGAUGGUUAUGAAGGAGUUAAUUCGAUGUGAUGAGGAGACACAGAAGACUUUUCUAACUGAGGUGAAAGUGAUGCGUAGCCUAGACCACCCCAACGUGCUCAAGUUCAUCGGUGUGCUGUACAAGGACAAGAAGUUGAACCUGCUGACAGAGUACAUUGAGGGGGGCACGCUGAAAGACUUUCUGCGCAGUGUGGACCCGUUCCCCUGGCAGCAGAAGGUCAGGUUCGCCAAAGGCAUCGCCUCUGGAAUGGCCUAUUUACACUCCAUGUGCAUCAUCCACCGGGAUCUGAACUCACACAACUGCCUCAUCAAGUUGGACAAGACUGUGGUGGUGGCUGACUUUGGGCUGUCACGGCUCAUAGUGGAGGAGAAGAAAAGGCCCCCGGUGGAGAAGACGACCACCAAGAAACGUACCUUGCGCAAAAAUGACCGUAAGAAGCGCUACACAGUGGUAGGAAACCCCUACUGGAUGGCUCCUGAAAUGCUGAACGGAAAGAGCUACGACGAGACGGUGGAUGUCUUCUCUUUCGGGAUCGUUCUCUGUGAGAUCAUUGGCCAGGUAUAUGCAGAUCCUGACUGCCUGCCCCGCACACUGGACUUUGGCCUCAACGUGAAGCUUUUCUGGGAGAAGUUUGUCCCCACAGACUGCCCCCCGGCCUUCUUCCCACUGGCUGCCAUCUGCUGCAAACUGGAGCCCGAGAGCAGACCAGCAUUCUCAAAACUGGAGGACUCCUUUGAGGCCCUCUCCCUGUACCUGGGAGAACUGGGUAUCCCUCUGCCUGCAGAGCUGGAAGAGCUGGACCACACUGUGAGCAUGCAGUACGGCCUAACCCGGGACUCACCUCCCUAGCCCCGGCCCAGCCCCCUGCAGGGGGGUGUUCCACAGCCAGCAUUGCCCCCUCUGCGCCCCAUCCCUGCUCUGAGCAGGGCCGUCUGGGCUUCCUGUGGAUUGGCAGCUUAUCUAGAAGCAGACCCAGCCAUCACUACUACCUCCCCAGGAGGCGAGCGGGCGCAGCACCAUGGAACGCAUCUCCACGUGUUUUGUGGCCUGGUUACUGUCCAUAAUUCAACACUCGCCUGAAAGCUGUGAAGAAGAAGAAGAAGAAAAAAAA